AUGCCUCUCCCUCCUCUCCAAGUCGCAUACAAGCGUGUCAAGCAACCCACCGUUGGUGAAAACGGCUAUGUGGGCUUCCAAUCCGGCAAAAAAGAAGUCUUGCCCAAAGGCUGGAAUGGCUUUAAUGCGAAGCCCUUGAAAAGCGACAUUCUAGUCGAGCACGAUAUCGAAAUCGUGGUACGCGACGGUGCCAGACUCUACGUCGAUAUUUAUCGACCUGCAAACACAACGGAGAAAGUCCCCGUGGUCCUCAGUUGGUCAUUCUAUGGGAAAAAAUACAGUGCUCUGGAGAUGCUACCCAUGACUGUGUGGAAAUGCUGCGUACCUCGUGAAGACCUAAGUGGUAUUGAAAAGUUUGAGGGUCUGGACCCUCAAACUUGGUGCCCACGCGGGUAUGCAAUCGUUAGUGUCGAUACGCGUGGCGUAGGACAUAGUGAUGGCUCGAUUGGCGUCAUGGGCACCCAGGAUGCAGAAGAUGGAUACGAUGUUGUUGAAGCAUUGGCAAAGAUGGACUGGUGCAAUGGUCACGUUGGAAUGGCCGGCAAUUCGGCCUUGGCUAUCUCUCAAUGGUUCAUUGCAUCUCAGCAGCCACCUUCGCUGAAGGCAAUUGCUCCUUGGGAAGGAUCUGGAGAUAUCUACAGAGAACAAUUCUGCCGCGGUGGUUGGUUUUUCAUGAGCAAUUUCGAUCUCAUUGCAAAUGCUAUUGUUCGCGGACAGGUGAACUCAGGGUUGGAAGACUUUGAAGAAAUGUACCGUCGUUCUAAUGUGUCAAACGCGUUCUGGGAGGAUAAACGUGCCGACAUGACGAAAAUUCAGUGUCCGGUUUAUAUUCGAGGAAGCGAUGUCUCAUCCAUCCACACAAUGGGAAGUGUUCGCGCAUGGUUGGAACUGCCACAUGACAACAAAUGGAUUCGCUGGGGAAGCAAGCAGGAGUGGUAUGAGCUAUACAGCGAACCCGAAUCCGAAAAAGAGCUUUUCUUGUUCUUUGAUCGUUACUUGCGAGAAGAAGUAGGUAAUGGUUGGGAAAAGACUCCGAAAGUGCGUUGGUCAGCCCUUCGAUUCGGCGACCGGACGGCUAUCGACGAUAUCCUCCUCGAGGACUUUCCAGCUCCUAAUACCGAGUAUUGCGAACUGUUUCUUGCUAAAGAUGGUUCUUUAAGAACAGAGGCUCCUUCUAAUACCGAUAUUGCAACGGUGUCAUACAACUCAGAGCAACGAGAAUCUAUCGCCGAGUUCUCUCAUACUUUUGAAAAGGCAACGCAGCUAAUCGGCCUACCGAAGGCAGUUCUAUAUGUCUCCAAUGAGAAGCAAGAUGACUUUACUGUCUUUGUCAUUCUCCGCAAGCGGGAUCGCAAUGGAAAGCUACUCAUGCACUUAAACUUCCCUAUCGAAACAACCCCGGUCAAAUCCAUUGAUGAGAUACCCGAGAAGGAUCGGCAAAGCACAAAUCUUCACUUGGGCUCAACUGGUAUAUUGCGUGCAUCACAUCGUGCGUAUGACUCCACAAAGAGCAUCCAUCCCCAGUUCCCAUUCCAUCCCCACACGAAGCAGGAGAAGGUGAGGCCGGGAGAAAUUGUGAAACUGGAAAUCGGAUUAUGGGCCAUGGGUUAUGACUUUGAAGAGGGAGAGACCAUAUCCUUGCAGGUUUCCGGACAAUAUCCCAGUAUUGCAGAGUUCAAGAGCUUUUCCCAGCCUCGACCGGAACAUGAGCUGAACAAAGGUUUACAUACAAUUCAUAUUGGAAAGCAAUAUCCGAGCUCGAUUAUUCUUCCCUUUAUCAAGCAGUGA